UUCCGUUACCGGAACACACGCUUAUGCGCUCGCGCUCUGAUACAUAUGAUAUUAAACGCUUCAGCCGACUUUCAGUGAUCAUUAAAAAAACUCCAGUCUUAUUCUAAAACCGAGCCCGUUAUUAUUACUACGGUGUACUGGGUCAGUUCUGUCCGUCACGAUGUUUCUGUCAUCGGUACCGACGCGCGUGCUGAUGCGAAGGUCGCGCAGUCUGUCGCCGUGUCGCGCGCUGCAGACGGGUCACGGCGAGGCCUCGCGAUUCCGGAACCUCUGCGAGCUCGAGUCGAACCGGAGUCCGGUGACGAGCGGGUCACGGAUGUCCAGAACGGGCGUUUUGGGCGAAGAGUCGCAUAUGCAGUACCAUCACUUGGCCAACAGGUGGCGCGUCAGUCUGGAGGGCCGCAGGAGCAGCUGGGCGGCUCUGACCGCUGCGGGGCGCUACAGUGACGGGGGCAAAAGCCGCUCAAGCACCGCUGCUGCUGCGGGACUCAUUUCAGCUGCUGCCCUCGCGUUCUGCCUGAAGAAAGACAGUGAUGACAAAGCUGGAAGUCUUCUAGAAGCUGCCAGAUCCAGUAACACAGAGGAGGUGAUCAGGUCGUUGGCGGAGGGGACGGAUCCGAACAUUCGACACCGUUUGGGCUGGACGCCUCUUAUGGUGGCUGCAAUGAACCGACAACACAACGUGGUGAGGGUUCUGUUAGAGGCGGGCGCUGACCCAAACAUGGGCGAUGACUUCAGCAGUGUGUAUGAAACCGCUCGAGAGAGGGGCAUUCACUCGCUAGAGGUGUUGGUGAGCAGAGAGGACGAGUUCAGUAAUCGCUUGAGCAGUCGCGCUAGUUUUCGGGGGUGUACUCCGCUGCAUUACGCUGUUCUCGCCGAUGACCUGCGGACCGUCCGGAUGCUGCUGGAAGCAGGUGCCAACCCCUUGCGGAAGAACGACUUGGGACACACAGCGCUUGCGUACGCCAGAGACGGAGAGAUGAGCACUGUCCUGAAAGAGUGGGAGACCAAGUUUGCAGAAGUUCAGCAGAAAAGAGAGAUGGAGGAGAGGAGGAAGUUUCCUCUGGAACGCAGAUUGAAGGAACACAUCAUUGGGCAGGAACGAGCCAUAAAUACUGUAGCAUCAGCGAUCAGGAGGAAGGAGAACGGCUGGUACGAUGAAGAGCAUCCGCUCGUCUUCUUGUUCCUGGGCUCCUCCGGAAUCGGUAAAACUGAACUGGCCAAGCAGGUGGCGCGAUACAUGCAUAAAGACAUUAAGAAGGGAUUCAUUCGGAUGGACAUGUCUGAAUUUCAAGAGAAGCAUGAGGUGGCAAAGUUCAUCGGAUCUCCUCCGGGUUACGUCGGUCACGAGGAUGGCGGUCAGCUGACCAAACAGCUCAAACAGUGUCCGAACGCCGUGGUUCUGUUUGAUGAGGUGGAUAAAGCUCAUCCAGAUGUGCUCACCAUCAUGUUACAGCUCUUUGAUGAGGGUCGUUUGACUGACGGUAAGGGGAAAACAAUCGAGUGUAAAGAUGCCAUCUUUAUCAUGACGUCUAAUGUAGCUAGUGACGAAAUUGCCCAUCAUGCACUGCAGCUGAGACAGGAAGCCCAAGAUCAGAGCCGUCAACGACUCGCCAAAAAUCUGGAAGAUGUUCAGAAGAGUGAGAAGAUCACAAUCUCCAGCACAUUUAAAGAGGAAGUCAUUCGUCCCAUUCUGAAGGCUCAUUUCAGACGUGACGAGUUUCUGGGUCGGAUCAACGAGAUUGUUUACUUCCUGCCGUUCUGUCACGCUGAACUCGUGCAGCUCGUCAGUAAAGAGCUCAACUACUGGGCCAAGAAGGCGAAACAGAGGCACAAUAUCACGCUGGUGUGGGAGCAUCCGGUGCUGGAGCUGCUGGUGGGGGGGUAUAACCUGCAUUACGGAGCGCGCUCAAUCAAACACGAGGUCGAGCGUCGUGUGGUGAAUCAGUUAGCUGCGGCGUAUGAACAGGAACUUCUCCCGAAGGGCUGCACGCUGCGUCUGAUCGUGGACGGAGGACUGAAGGAGAAAGAUGGAGCUCCCGCUCUCCGUCUGGAGGUGGUGGGUGACGACAGCAGCACCCGAAAACUGGACAUCCGCCCGCCGCUCAACCCAGAGGACGUGACUUAUGCACACUAGACUCAGGAGCAUUCGUAAGACUUCACAAACCAAUGAAGUGACAGUUCAGACGUUAGCUUCUGUAUGUGGACGCUGUCUCGUCAGUGAAUGUUUCAGUGUUGUCGUUCACACACACGGAUGUAGAGGUCAUCUAGUGUUAGCUUUAGCCGUCAUCACAUGUGCAUCACGUUUAGGCGAGCUGCAGUCGUGUGUAUAGAGAGAAUAUAUAAAGACACGUUGAUGUGUAUCAUGAAAGUAGAAAAUCGUCAUAAAUAUUUAUUUUAUACUUGAAACAGCAUGUGGGAGAUUUAAACAACAUGAAUGUACAUUUAUUAAUGUAUGUUCCAUCAUUGCACAUUAAAGAAAACUGUUUUUGUCUUUGUUGCAUUUCACGAUAAUGUAAUAAUUAGCUGUAAUAAACUUCCUUGCACUGCCAAAAGAGCAGAAAUAUCACACGAAUCUCUGAAAGAACAUCUUUAAAGUGCUCCUUGUGUAAGACUUUGUGUGUUUGCAUGUUUAAAUGCACAUCAGCUAAAAUAAAGUUUAAAUGCCAAAUUGCUCUCAAUUGUCUCUGGA